AUGGCGGGGAUGGCGGGGAGAGGGGGAGGAAACUUGGAGGUUCAGGGGGAGGCAGGAGGGGAUCUGCAGCACCAGGUCCCCCACCUUUCUCCUACCUCCCCCUGCUGCGGGAGCAGCAGAGGGGGGGAGGGGACCUGCAGCACCUGCCCACCCCCCCCCCCCCCCCCCCCCCCCCCCCCCCUCCUCUCCGCCCUUUUCUCCUCUCCUUCCCCCUGCUGCGGGUGCAGCAGUGGGGGGGAGGGGAUCUGCCAUCCCCCUGGUGCGGAUGCGGCAGUGGGGGGAGGGGACCUGCAGCACCUGCCUGCCCCCCCCGCCCCCCCCCCCCCCCCCCAUCUCUCUGCUGCGGGUGCAGCAGUGGGGGAGGGUAUGGGGGUGGCGGGUGUGGCCAACCCGCCAGCCCUGCUGCGCCCCGCGCGCCCUGCUGCCCUGUGCGCCCCGUGCGGCAGGGAGAGAGAGAGGAGAAAGGGGGGGGGGGGGGGCUGA